CCCUCCUCCACCAACCCCCAAAUCCCUACCCAUGGCGACCAGGUCGCCUCCGCCGCAGCGCCGCCCCACCUCGCCGCCGGCGCUGAUCGACGACCUCAUGCGCGAGAUCUUCCUGCGCGUGCGCGGGGACGACCCCGCGAGCCUCGUCCGCUCCGCCGCCUGCUGCUGGAGCUGGCACCGCAUGCUGUCCCACCCCGACUUCGCCGUCGACUACCGCAAGUUCCACGGCGCGGCGCCCAUGCUGGGCUUCCUCUACAAUGAAACCCACUUGACAAACCACUCCACAAGUUACGGCCAGCUGCGCUGGUACUCCUCCCACUUCGUCUCCACCGCGACCUUCCGCCCGCCGGCGUGCCGGGACCGCCGAAAGUGGCGAGUCCUCGACUCCCGCCACGGCCUCGUCCUCUUCGACACCCCCACGAGGGGCGAGGACUUCGUCGUCUACGACCUCGUCACCGGCGAGCACUGGGAAAUUCGCGCCGACCCCAGCUGCCACUACUUCAUGUGGUGGCCCGACCACGACGACGACCUGCACGAUUGCCUGCGCUGCAACGCCACAGUGCUCUGCGCCAAGGACCGAUGUGACCACCUCGACUGCCGUGGCGGCCCUUUCCGCGUCGCCUUCGUGGGUUGCGACUAUAGACGGGAUGCUGCCCACGCCGCCGUCUACUCAUCAGAGGCCUGCGAGUGGACUGCCGUGACCUCCGUUGAGCACGAGCAUUACAUCCACUACAGGGGGCACCGUGCUGUAGUGGGAGACAAGAUCUAUGUCCCCUGUAUGGAGAGUGACAGUCUCAUCGUGUACAACAUGGGUGAGCAAGAACUAUCCGUGAUCAAUCCGCCAUUCGUGGUCCAUCAAAUUACUCUCAUGGGGGUGGAGGACGGCAUGCUGCUCUUUGCGUCCGUGGUGAAGCCUACACUCUUACUGUGGUCAAUGGAGGCUGGUCCCGGCGGAGCUGCGCGAUGGGCGCGACACAGAGUCAUCGAGCUCGAAUCAUUGCUCCCUACUUCUGUUCCUGCCCUCUUGGACAACUCGAGCAUGAGGCUGGUUGGUUUUGCUGAAGGUCUUGGUGUCAUCUUCCUGAGUACAAAAGCUGGGUUGUACACAAUUGAGCUCAGUUCACGCCAAAGCAAGAGGGUGCACGAAAGCCAAUGCAUGGAAAAGGUCAUGCCCUACACGAGCUUCUACACUGGAGAAUGGGGGCCGUUGCUGUCCUCUCAUGAAGCUUCACCUGCAGUUGGUGGUGGUACAGUGAUAUAACCAAAUGGAGGCGUCAGGGCUGUGGGAUCUGUCUACUUUUGCUGCCGAGAAGCCUAUUGAAAUGAACUUCAGUGUCUUCUGCUGCUGGUUUUGUUGGACAGUUUGGUUACGUUUCACGCGCUUUUGCUCUGUUCCGUGCUUGGGCCAAAACUAAGUUGGUUGUGCUGGAUGUGUGUAGUGUAAGUCUGUAACCCAGCAGGGCAUCUAUACUCCACUUUGCAAGACAAUCUGGGCAAUACAUAAGGCUAGGUGCGGCGGUAUGGAUGAGAUGGCUAGAGUCAUGUCGAUACUGAUGGACAGGGGAAGUGGUGUUCAGACAGGAAAAAAGGAAUGGUAGAGGAACGGUUUUCUUUUUCUCUCCUGAAUUGGACAACGGUGGCCAGUUUGUUUCUAUGUCUAUAUCAUGAAUUAAUCAUUAGCGAACAAGGCAUGCCAGCCAUCUGUAUUUCAUUCUCCAUGGUUGGAGUUCUAAUUUUCCUAGCGCACUUAAA